CUCCCUGCCCCUGCGCCCGCCCGGCUCGCCUGCCACGACUCCCCACCCGGUUCCUGGUUAAGAUGGCGUCCCCCGCAGCCGCGCAGGCAGGCAGGCUUCUGCGAGACCUGGCGCUUCGGCCCCGGUUCCUGGCUCCCGGGUCCCAGGCAGUUCAGUGCACCUCGAGAAGAUGGCUCAACCUGCAGGAAUACCAGAGCAAGAAACUGAUGUGUGACAAUGGAGUGAGAGUUCAAAGAUUCUUUGUAGCAAGCACUGCAAAUGAAGCUCUGGAGGCUGCUAAGAGACUAAAUGCAAAAGAGAUUGUUUUGAAAGCCCAGAUCUUAGCUGGAGGAAGAGGAAAAGGUGUCUUCAAUAGUGGCCUGAAGGGAGGUGUUCAUUUAACAAAAGACCCCAAUGUUGUGGGACAGCUGGCUAAACAGAUGAUUGGGUAUAAUCUAGCAACAAAACAAACUCCAAAAGAAGGUGUGAAAGUUAACAAGGUGAUGAUUGCUGAAGCCCUGGACAUUUCUAGAGAAACCUAUUUAGCGAUUCUGAUGGACCGGGCCUGCAAUGGCCCUGUGCUGGUGGGCAGCCCUCAGGGCGGCGUUGACAUUGAAGAGGUGGCCGCUUCAAAUCCAGAACUUAUUUUUAAGGAGCCAAUUGACAUUUUCGAAGGGAUAAAGGACAGCCAAGCUCAGCGGAUGGCAGAAAAUCUGGGCUUCCUUGGGUCUUUGAAAAACCAGGCAGCAGAUCAAAUUAAGAAGCUGUAUAAUCUCUUCCUGAAAAUUGAUGCUACUCAGGUGGAAGUGAAUCCCUUUGGUGAGACUCCAGAAGGACAAGUUGUAUGUUUUGAUGCCAAGAUAAAUUUUGAUGACAAUGCUGAAUUCCGACAAAAGGAGAUAUUUGCUAUGGAUGACAAAUCAGAGAAUGAGCCCAUUGAAAAUGAAGCUGCCAGAUAUGAUUUAAAAUACAUAGGACUGGAUGGAAACAUUGCCUGCUUUGUGAAUGGUGCAGGACUGGCCAUGGCUACUUGUGACAUUAUCUUCUUAAAUGGUGGGAAGCCAGCUAACUUCCUGGAUCUGGGAGGUGGUGUAAAGGAAUCUCAAGUGUAUCACGCAUUCAAGUUGCUCACAUCAGAUCCUAAGGUUGAAGCCAUCUUAGUCAAUAUUUUCGGUGGUAUCGUCAACUGUGCCAUCAUCGCCAAUGGAAUCACCAAAGCCUGCCGGGAACUAGAAUUAAAAGUACCCCUCGUGGUCCGCCUUGAAGGAACCAAUGUGCAAGAGGCCCAGAACAUACUCAGAAACAGCGGGCUCCCCAUCACUGCGGCGGUGGACCUGGAGGAUGCAGCCAAGAAGGCUGUGGCCAGUGUGGCAAAGAAGUAGUGUCUUCUGCCUGCUCCUGGAGCUGUUUUCUCAGUGGCUGCCUCAUUGUGAAGAAGAAGGAAAAAAGAGAAGGAAAGAAGAGAAAAAAAACCCAGUUCUCUCACUGGGAGAAAAUAAGGGAGGAAAUGAACAAGAAUCACUGUGUGAAAAAUCGUAGAUAUGUAUCUUCUUAGCCUAGUCUGAUUUUACUUAUGUAGUCAUUAUAAAAAUAAUGUCCUCUAUUUGCAAACUUUUGCCAAUUUUGGGGGCAGUCUGUAGCCCAAGAAUGGGCCUAUAUACAGAAAUUUAAUUAAGGAAAGCUUGGUUCAUUGAGAAGGAUAUUGGUGAAUAUUUACCCUAUGGUUAAAAAAAAAAACCCACAAACUGUGAAAUCCUCAACUGGGAUUCUAUUUAAUAUAUCAACUGUCAAAAAGGUAGAGCUAAGACAUUCAAGCAAAUGGUUACUACACACUGUAGCAGUUUUUAUAAGUUUCUAAUUCCAAUACAUCUUUUAAAAAACUUACAAAUAUUCUAAAAUAUAUUUUACUGUGAAAGUUCUACAUUAAUAUACCUUACACUAUUUUACCAUUUGCCUUAAUAUUGAAUAUAGUUUACUUUUUAACCUCAAGUAUAGCCAGCAGCCUUAUUUGUGAUUUUUGUGGUAGAAGGUUUCAUUUUAAUUUCAGUACUGAUGAAUGCUGAUUCUUAUGGACGUCUCUGUAAUUCAGUCAUUUCAAAAUGAGACAACUGAAGAUGCACUUGUGUUGAGAGCAUCAUCUCUCCUUAUUCACUGUCACCUACAGGAUCUACCACCUUGCAGUAGAAAACUGGGAAAAUGUAGUUUUCAAGAAAAUUGGCUUUUUUGCAUAAUGUCCAUUUUUGUGAGAAAUUUUUAAAUUAGGUUUCUAUUUAAAUUUUGGUAAAAUUUUUCUCUUUAUGCAAAGUUAAAUAAAAUCCUAUGUUUUGUAAGCACUAAAA